GCGGAACGGGUACGACCUCAUACUGGGUUCGGUUGCGCGAUGUUUGGGGGAAGUCGUUGAAUUCAAACCAGAUGCCCAUCUCCCGUGCCAGGGCGUGUUGCGGCAGGUGUGGAUGAGUCUGGGAGUUCACGACAGCAUAUUAGAGUUCUUGGUGUCUCACCGGAUAUUCCGCGCAGGCGAAAAGCUAGUUGUUUCAGAUUCGUCUUCCCAGCAUGGGGGUUUUCUCGAAGAGUUGAGCGCAGCUUUGCUGGGCCUCUGGAAGUUUGUUCAGUUCAGCGAAAGCAGGUGGCUCACAGUAGGCCGCGCCUGCAGACCGAUCACUUGCGGCUUCCUCUCCGGUCUCGACCUGGUGUGCCAGCGCAUUAUCGACAUGCCACACACGUCUACUUACUACAUCGGAGGUGUUCGUCGCAUUUUGCCGAACGUUCACCGCCGAUUCAUCCUCGUCGCGUCCCUGACAACGUGGCUGCCGGAUGAGAUAUUCCAGCUCUUACUGAGGGACGACAGGUUGAUGAAGCAGAUCGACGCUGUGACCGAGGCAAUGGAUGAUGAGUUUGAGUACCUUUGUUUCAUGAGCUCGGAGGUUUACGAUCUCUUGGCUGUGGCGUGCCCUGGCAUGAGCGGGUUCGAUCUGCGGUGCGACGUCUUGGGGGCUGCUCACGUGUUGCGAGCGUUCAUAUGGUUCAGAUCUUUACGAAAGUUGAACGAGUAUCCGCUCUGCUUGGCCAUGGGUGACGUCAGGGCCAAUGUGGGGGAGCUGCUGCAGGGCGAUGAGCCCGACGAGGACGUGGCGGCCAGAAUCUGGAGGCUCGGCCGGAAGAGGUUGGCACCCUUGCCGCGCAUCUGGUCCGCUCUGGAGUUGCUGAAGGAGACUAGCUUUUCGACUCGCAUCGUUGAGCAGAUGCACGCCCACGCAGCGGUGCAUGCUCGGUUCCACCCCGAAUACGAUCUGGAGACCGUGCGCGUCAGGGCUUUCUGCUCCCUCGUGAACGCGUUGAUGCCGAGCCCGACCGCAGACGAGAAAGCGCUCGAGAAGGAGAGGGCUACGUUAGAACGGCUUCGAGCAAAGCGCCCUCGGAGGCUCAACGCGCGAUCGCUGUGCAUCAAGGACUUGAUCGAGCUAUGCACGCAGAGGCGCGCGCAGGGCAAGAUCAAACGCCAUUGCCCCAACCUGCAGCAGGAUCUCCUGGCCAAAGGGGCCGCUAUGUUUCAGAACAUCAGUGCCGAGCGCCGCCGCGAGUACGACGCUGUCGUAGUGCGGGCGCAGGCGGAGGCAAUCCGCGCCACUUCCAACAGCAUCGAGGAGAGCCAGCGUCGUCUUGCAGAGCUCAUCGAGCGCCAUGAGAAGGCCAUGGAGGCGCUCAGAGCCGAAGGGCCGCCCUUGACCCUGGUCUCUGCGAAGUUGUCCACAGAGCAGGCCGCCAGACUUGAGGGCGCGUUCGGGGACCAGCGGCAGCUUCGCGACGUCGACGUGCUCGCUCGGAGGGCCGCGGUGCAAGAGGCUAGCAUGCCCGGCGCUGCCUUCUUCCAGGCCUUGGGGGAGAUGCCCGUGGCGCCGCUGCCAGAGAGCAGCCGCCCUGCGCCCCCAUCCUGGGUUUCUCGGGUCGCCCAGGAGCGCGCGUCCUUCCGGAAGACAGUAUUCAAGGUCACUGUCGGCACCGACGAGCUGUACUUGUUGUUCCUGUUCGCCAUGCAGAGUCCGGCCACGGUCGUGUUCGCUCGUCUCAACCACGCUGUGCGGCCGGCCUUGGUCGGCGUCUUCAAUAUGGAGGCGCUGGAUGCUGCUUCUGGGCAGUGGCCGAUCGAGUUCACCACCGACUUCGCCCAGUUCGUAAGCGCGGACGACCUCCCCGACGUGCCUGCCUCCGACGUCGCCGUGCUCACGGGCGCCCGCUACCUGGGGGGCGCCAGGGUCGGCGCCAGAUCGGGCUGGCAACCUCUCGACGCCAUGCUCGGACAGUUCCCCCCCCGCCCCGCGGCCCCGAAAAAGGAGGCGAGCGAGGCGUGGCACGAGGACCUGAGCAAGGUCAAGCCGUACUUGAAACGCUUCUUGGAGCAGGCUCGCUCGGGGCCCAGCUCGGCGUCUGCACGGCCUGCAGGCGCAGACGACCACGACGACUUCGGCGUGGGGGCCCUCAGCGACGAGGAUUUGGAUGAACUCUUCGCUGCUCUCAGCGAAGCGAGACAGCUCAUCGUGGACACUGUGGAGGUGGACGAGGACUUCCACGUGAAUGUUUUGGGAGGCCUCUGGACGAUGGUGCAUCGUGGCGUCAGCCACGAUGCGUAUCAAGGGACAGUGAUCAGGCGUCAGAGCCAGGCGAGCAAGUUUGCUGUAUCUUACGGCUUCCAGGCGGCCCAGCGGUUUAAUGUGACACUAUACGGAGAAGAAGGCGCCCUCACCUUGGCUCAGGCAUGGGUGCGCAAAUCUCAGUUUUACUACAAUAUCUGGAAAGCACAGCCACUGCACGACUACAUCUUCUCGGCGGCAGAGUUGCGUGCUUGGGAGCCACCUCCCGCACUGGUGGCCUUGAUUGAGCGCCUGCCGCCGGGCCGGGCGAGGUCGCGGGCAGUUUCGUUGCGAGACUUUCGCCUUGCCCGCCCGUGAUGCCCGGCGCGCCUGCCAGGCAACUGUAC